ACAUCCUGUGCUUUUCUUUAAGUUCCACAACACGCGUGUGACACCGAGGUGUUGAAACGUUGUAGCCAGGAUGAGCGCCGAUAACUCUGUUGGAAAUGUUUCUGUGCCUUUACGAAACCUACUCAACUCCAUACAGUGCAUUAGAGACCGAGUCAGAGAUGGAGAGUCCAACGAGUCAGACGGUGCAUUCAACCUUUCCAACUUUUGGGACACUCUCAACCAGGCAGCGAAGGCAAUGUCCCAGGAAGCCACUAAACUCAGCCUGGCCUUCUCCAAACCCCCACUGCCAUCGCAACAGGAUGGAGAGAAGUUGGCCGAGUCCAUCACGAAGAGUGUCUUGACUCUGUCCACAGUGUUUUACUGGCUACCUAAGAGCCAAGGUAUUAGUUUGCGACAGCAGGUCAGAGACGCAACAGUGGAGGUUCUGGAGGGUGUUGCACAGCUGGUGGAGGUCAUACUGAGCUCACCGCUGCAGAGUCUGACCCAGGAACAGUUGACAUCUACAGGUAGCGUGUGGUCAACCUGCAGCCAGUUUGCCCAGUUGCCAAAAGAUAAUAAAGCAGCAGUGCUGGUGGUUCUGUCUGCUCAGAUGGGUGUUGUCAAGGAUGCCUUAGAGGAAAUUGAACAGGCCUUAUCUGAGGCACAGGAUCCAUUCAAUGACAUCCUCGAUGACGACCUGGACGGGGAGGAGCCUCAAGGCAACCAGGACACACACUGGUCAGACAAAGACCGACGUGUGAUCAGUCCAUGCCAGGGGCUGAUGAAGGCAUCAGUGGCAUGCCUUAGGAAGCUGAUGUCGGCCGUUAAAGCCAAUGGUGAUGUCACUACGCCUCAAAAUCUGUCCCAGCUCGACGACCUGGCUUGCAUCACCAAGGAAAUAAGUCCUGGUGUUGAUGAUCUGGCGCUCUGCCUGUACCCACCCAUGGACUACAGUGGGGUAGAAAACAACGUUUCUAAACUGGCAGCACUGCUAAAGAAAAUCCUGGAGAUUAUCAGGUCCAGUCAUGUGUGUGGGGAAUCAGAGGUUACUUGGGUUCAGUUCUUAGAUGGAGCCGUGGAUCACAAUCUGCAGAAAGCCAGAGACCAUAUUCAGCAGGACAGCUAGUGUGUGUGUGCGUGUUUGUGUGUGCUAUUAUCUGAAGUAUCAGAAGCCAUGUUUCCAUUACAUAGGGCGUGUUAACACAGAAUCAACACGCUGUGGCACACUGUGGUUAACUUGCAUUUCCACUAGCAUAGUACCCUGGUACCAGGAGCAGGAUCUGGCGAGGUUCCAAGCAAGCUGAGGCAAUACUAUGAGAGACUGCCGGCCACUGAUUAGUCAGAUGAGUCAAGUCAAGCUGGUGGAAACGUGCAAAGAAUGUUUUUCAACGCCUACGUUAACUUUAAUAACGAUAAAAAAAAGCACUUGUUCCCACAUGACCUCUCUUUUCAACAGAAUCUUGUUACAUAAACAUAACUCAACAUUUGGCUAGUCCACAUUCUUUCAAGUACACACACCCACACAAAACCUGCCUAAUGAGCAGUUGUAAUUAUCCAAACUGGAUUAAAUAAAAUUGCAAACAAAGCUGUUUUAAUCUUUUAA